CCCAAAACGAAGGUAUCUCGAUCGAAAGCGAAAGUGGAGGGGAUGACUGCUCGAGUUCUGUUAAAUCUGUUUCUCUGAUUUUCCAGUUUUACUUCUCGAGACGGAAAACCCGAAAAAUCUUUCUGUUCCAUUUAUCAGCUCUCUUCUGUUAGAAAUUAGAAUCAGCGCCGGGCGAGGUGUCAGAUCAGGUAUGCCUCCUUUACCUUUUGCUUCCGACAAUACACCAUCCUCAAUUUUCGCCGGGAAAGAUUUAGAUGCUUCCCGGAAACCUAAUUGUCAUAUCGCUUGGGUGCAUCGGCGAUGGCGUUUGAAUUGGCGCUGAAUUCGACCUCUGGUUCAUCUAUCUUUUGUGCUAGCUCUAAUGGAAAUGUUCAGUUACGCUACUAUUAGAGUGGGAAUUCUGUUUUGUAAUGGGUGAUGAAUUGGGGCGGGAAUUUUAGGUUUAUCUUUACCAAAAGAUCCACCUUUUCACUGACUGCAGUUGUUAUCGUGGUUCCUAAAAGCUACUGGCAAGCAUGCAGGCUUCAAGGGCAAGGUUGUUCAAGGAAUACAAAGAGGUGCAAAGGGAGAAAUCGGCCGAUCCGGAUAUCCAAUUGGUUUGUGAUGAUUCCAACAUUUUCAAAUGGACUGCUCUGAUAAAGGGGCCUUCAGAGACUCCGUUUGAUGGUGGAGUCUUCCAGCUUGCCUUCGCCGUGCCGGAGCAGUAUCCCUUGCAGCCUCCUCAAGUUCGUUUCUUGACAAAAAUAUUCCACCCAAACGUGCAUUUCAAGACUGGGGAGAUAUGUCUAGACAUAUUGAAGAAUGCGUGGAGUCCAGCAUGGACGCUUCAAUCGGUUUGUAGGGCUAUAAUUGCUCUUAUGGCUCACCCAGAGCCUGAUAGCCCUCUGAACUGUGAUUCAGGAAACCUUCUGCGUUCUGGCGAUGUAAGAGGUUAUCAGUCCAUGGCCAGAAUGUACACAAGGCUCGCAGCUUCACCAAAGAAAGGCUGAAACUACAAAAGACUGUUAUUGUAUGCUC